AACCAUCAAAAUGUAAAAACAGAAAAACAAAAAAACAAAACAAAACACUGAAACACUUGAAAACUCCACAUCUUUGACUUCACUCGACGGUACGCAACCCUUGUCCCCUCUUUCUGUCCCAAGCCUAGUCACCUACCAACAGCUAUCAUUCAACUCUUCUUUGUCAAACCCCCCACGCCAAGGCUUCAACCUUCUUUCAAAAGCACACUCUCAACACCCCCUCCCCCCAAAUAACAAUCUUUCCACCCUUAGAGAAAAAAAUGUUACCUUUUUCUCAAAAACCCCAUUCCAAAUUCAGUUUCUUUAAAUUAUUAUUUUGGGUUUCUCAGCUUUUAGUUUUGAGUUCUGGGUUUGAAUUAGAUGAGUCGUUGACUUAUAUUUGGCCUUUGCCAUCUGAGUUUACGUCUGGCAAUGAAACUUUGGCUGUGGACCCAACUCUAUCUCUGUCUGUCUCAGGGAAAGGAGGGGACUUGAAGAUUUUGAGGGAAGGAUUUGAGAGAUAUAAGAAGAUUAUAUUUAAACAUGUUUCUGGGGUUUCCAUUUUUGAGAAGUUGAGAGGGAUAACAUCUGUUUAUGAUAUUAGUGAAUUGAGAAUCAUUGUGAAUUCAGAUAGUGAAGAGCUUCAAUUGGGUGUGGAUGAGAGUUAUACUUUGUUUGUGGCAAAGAAUGAUGGGAAGUCUAUUGUUGGGGGGGCAACAAUUGAGGCAAAUACUGUUUAUGGUGCGUUAAGAGGGUUGGAGACAUUCAGCCAGUUGUGUGCUUUCAAUUAUGGGACUAAAUCGGUGCAAGUAUACAAAGCACCAUGGUACAUCAAAGAUAAACCAAGGUUUGCAUAUCGUGGCCUUUUGCUUGAUACAUCAAGGCACUAUUUACCGAUUGAUGUCAUUAAGCAGAUAAUUGAAUCUAUGUCUUAUGCUAAACUUAAUGUCCUUCAUUGGCACAUCAUAGAUGAACAGUCAUUUCCUCUAGAAGUACCUACAUAUCCAAAUUUGUGGAAUGGUGCUUAUACAAAAUGGGAACGCUAUACAGUUGAGGAUGCGAGUGACAUUGUUAGCUUUGCCAAAAUGAGAGGCAUCCAUGUAAUGGCAGAAGUAGAUGUCCCUGGUCAUGCAGAGUCAUGGGGAGCUGGGUAUCCUGAUCUUUGGCCUUCUUCUUCCUGCAGAGAGCCACUUGAUGUUUCAAAAAACUUUACUUUUGAUUUGAUUUCUGGCAUUCUGUCAGAUAUCAGAAAAAUUUUUCCAUUUGAGCUCUUCCACUUGGGUGGCGAUGAGGUUAAUACAGGUUGCUGGACCUCUACUCCACAUGUAAAGCAGUGGCUCAACGAUCGCAACAUGACUGCUAAGGAUGCAUAUCAAUAUUUUGUACUCAAGGCUCAAGAAAUGGCAAUCUCAAAAGGCUGGACGCCUGUCAACUGGGAAGAAACCUUCAAUGCUUUUGCUGCAAAUCUUAAUCCACAGACUGUGGUGCAUAACUGGUUGGGUCCUGGGGUUUGUCCAAAUGCUGUUGCAAAAGGAUUCAGAUGCAUUUUCAGCAAUCAAGGUGUUUGGUAUCUUGACCAUCUAGAUGUUCCUUGGGAUCAAGUCUACAAUGCUGAACCACUAGAAGGAAUAAAUAAUGUGUCUGAGCAAAACCUUGUUCUUGGAGGAGAAGUUUGUAUGUGGGACGAGGUAGCUGAUACAUCAAAUGUUCAGCAAACGAUAUGGCCUCGAGCUGCAGCAGCAGCAGAGCGCUUGUGGAGCAAGAGGGAGGCUGUGUCUGCACGAAAUAUUACUUUAACUGCAUUGCCUCGGUUCCUUUACUUCAGAUGCCUAUUGAAUAGGCGUGGGGUUCAAGCUGCACCAGUAACAAAUAAAUAUGCUCGACAACCUCCAACUGGUCCUGGAUCAUGCUAUGAGCAAUGAUUCUCCUGCUUGUUACUCGUCAGGUUGCUAUAGUUUAUCUGAAAGUUGCUUGUUUAUGCUCUUGUAUAUGUUGAAGUGCAUUCCAAAGCUUAAAUGGUCACCUUUAGCUUUUUAAAAUAAUCCACUGGUGUUAAUUUUGUGUUAUGCAAUCUUCAGUUUUAUAUUGGGAUUAUCAUUCUGAAUAUAAAAUUUUAUACCUGUUUCUGGCAGUGCAUUCCCAAUAUAUUUGACUCUUUGUUAUCUGCACUGUACAGCACGUUGAUGCUAGUUCUGGCUAUACUCUCAGAUCGUACUCCAUAGAUAAUUUGACAUCUUUCCAGCUUCAAAAUCGUAUAAAAUUUUAAACAAUUUUCCGUCAUGUAGGCGGCUCACUUUUUCUUCACCUUCAUUUAGUCUCCUCUAGAAAACCUGCUUUUCCCCGAUUUCUUUAGAGCUGGUAUACGAAAUUCCCUUCAAAAUUGUAUGGAACAACUUUUCAACAGCU